GUGAAUGAUAGUAAACAAACGAGGCAGAUGGAUCCAGUAAUAUGGGACAGAUGUACACAGGGACACAACAAACCAAACUAAAGCAGGUAACAGCAGGUGGCGCCAAACCACCUGUAGCCUAAUUUUAACUGACGUCACCACAUUCAACGAAAAAGAAACCGGGGCAGCGUGACGUCACAUGAUUUAGCAACCGGCGCGCUACUCGGAGGAGCUGCGCGUGUCCCUGUCGCCAUCACCUCCCUGGAAAAUACACUUUGUGAGUCAUUAUGGCCUCUGAUGACAUCGCUCAGCUGGCGGACGCUCUCUCAAAGACCCAUGUCGGGGAUGGAGAGUUGAGCUUUAAAGGUCUGGGAUUGAAGCUGGACAACGCAGCAUCAGUGGAGGAGCUGGUCCGUGACAUAGAGCAGUACCAAGGGCUGAGGGCUCUGCGCCUGGAGGGAAACACUCUGGGAGUUGAUGCUGCCAGGGCUAUUGCCAAGGCUCUGGAGAACAAAGACCUGCUCCAGAGAUGCUUCUGGAGUGAUAUGUUCACCGGAAGAUUGCGCUCUGAAAUCCCAACAGCCCUGAGCUCCCUAGGCAGUGCAUUAAUGAGUUCAGGGGCCAGACUGACUGAGCUGGACCUGAGCGAUAACGCCUUUGGGCCAGAUGGUGUGAAGGGAAUCGAGCAGCUGCUGAAGAGUCCUUCCUGCCACACAUUGAGGGAGCUGAAGCUCAACAACUGUGGCAUGGGGAUCGGAGGAGGAAAGAUCCUGGCUGAAGCCCUUAUUGAGUGCCAUAGACAGUCAUCAGCACACGGAGCUCCACUCAAACUGAGAGUGUUCAUUGCCGGGAGGAACCGCCUGGAAAAUGAAGGAGCCCGUGCCCUGGCCAAGGCCUUCCAGAUAAUCGGCAGCCUGGAAGAAGUCCACAUGCCCCAGAAUGGUAUCAACUACGCAGGAGUGAUGGCAUUAGCCUCAGCAAUGCGACACAACCCAGAGCUCCGCGUCCUCAACUUUAACGACAACACCUUCACCAAGAGGGGAACGCUGGCCAUGGCACAGGCUCUGAGACACCUGAGGAAUGUACAGGUGAUCAACUUCGGUGACUGCCUGGUCCGCUCUGAAGGAGCCAUCGCCCUCGCCGCAGUGCUCCGUGAGGGACUGCCAAUCCUCAAGGAGCUUAAUCUGUCCUUUGGUGAGAUCACGGAGGCAGCAGCACUCGUGGUGGCUCAGGCUGUCAUGGACAAACCUCAUAUGGAGAAAGUGGAUCUUAACGGUAACUGUCUGGGAGAGGAGGGCUGUGAGGCUCUGAGAGAAGCUAUGGAGAACAUGGACAAAGGAGACAUGCUGUCAUCACUCAGUGAUGAUGAGGGAGAACCUGAGGAUGAGGAGGAAGAUGACGAUGACCGUGAAAACGGUGAUGAUGAUGAUGCCAGUGACAACUGUAAUGAAGACGAUGAGGAGGACGAUGAAAUUGUGAAGGAGAAUGGAAUCAUAAAAGGAGACAGUCCUGAAAAACAACAGAGCCCAGCAGAGAUCAUGUCCUUCCUCAGCUGCCCCUCUGUAGAGAAACUUCUUCAGCUGGGAGAGUUGAGGACAGACCUCAGUCGACAGGUGGAUCCAUCUGACCCACACAUGGCAGCAGAUGUCCUUCUGAAAAUCGCCUCUUUGUACAGUGAGGAAUCAGAGACCAAGACAGCUGUCCUUGAAACUACUGAUGCUGUGUUAAAGAAGCUCCUCUCUGCUUCAGCCUUCCAGUCUUACUGCUUCCUCUCCACGCUUCUGGUCCAGAUGCGACUCCUCAAGGGGGAGGGGAAGUUGAAAAAGGUGUCACUGGUCCCAGGUCAGCUGUUGUGUUUGGAGCAUGCCGUCCAGCAGGAAUACUUCUCACAGCAUCACGCCUCGCUGCUUCACACCUUCAUAUCAAAGAACAGUGAAGCACUCAAGUCGUGCAGUUCUGCCGGAGAGAGGCUGAGCUCUGCUCUGGAGAAGAAGUGCAACGACCAGCACUGAUCAGCCACUGCCAGUAGUAACACUGGGACACAGACACACACUGUACUGACAUUAAUCUCCUCAGUAACAGAACCAACAGGGGCGUUUUACACUUGAACUCAGACAACCACUUAACAUAUCUCCACUCUUGAUUUGUAUAUUUUAUGAAGGCUUGACAAAUAUUGUCCAGAAUCUCUUAAUUUUUAUUUUUCUACUUAUGACUUAUAUUUUUUAUAGUAAAUAGAGAUACAAAUAAUAAAAAUAUAGAAAUACACACAUCAGUUAACCUUUGAGGUUGAUUUAAAAAAAAAAAAAAAAAAAGAUUUUAACUUUGAGUGGAGCUACUGUAACAAAUCCAGCACCUUUUCAACAUAUUGCCUUGCAUUUAAUGGUAUGUAGUGUCAGACGCCCUGUUAAACAACUAUCAAACGAUGCGUCUGUCUUAUGAGACAGCCAUGGAAAUGAUUACAUCAACAGAAUAACAUUUACAGCAUUCACAUUUGCUGGAUUUUUAGGCCUGCAUCUCACGUGCUCUGAUGUUUGUCGCUCUGAAAACUUGGGAAAUGGGUAAUCCAAGACAAUUGUGCAUGAUAAUUGUACAGAACAAAAUCUAAAAAUCUAUAUGUCAAAAUAAGUCAGUGCAAAAUAAAGAGCUGACGUUAUUCUUACAUUUUACAAGCAGGAUGUUUGUGUCUUACACGUCUUAUUUGAAAAGUUCUACUGCUAGGCGAAAGAAACACGUUCAGGACAUCCUGUCCACACACAAUCAUUGUACCUCUGUCCAUGAAGUCCAGUCAGUUCAGAGUACUGUGUGCAUCAGACUGUGAGCAGGAAUGGAGCCCACACACACACACACACACACACACACACACACACACACACACACACACACACACACACACACACACACACACACACUCGAGCCUGGAAACACAGACCCACUGCAGAGCUCAGGGGACCACAAUCACAUUUACCUGUUUGUUAUCUUUCUUGUUUAUCAGUCUUAUUGAAACAAAAUGUGCUCUUGUAUGACUUUGUCUCACACAAGUUGAGCUGCUGUGUGUUACCUCAUGUGUCCGCGAUGUGAUCCAGCAUGAAAGGGAAACAGGAUGAGAAUGGAUUACACUUUAAUGGCAUUUAGAUACUCAUUAACAAUAGACCAUGUGGAAUGGAUUUAUGUUGUUUAACUGAUAUGUUGUUGAUUUGUUCUGAAAUAUAACUGAUCUAACAACC